ACCGUAUCAGAUCGGUCAUGACAGUCACCUGACUAAAACAAAGUCAUGUUACUUUUCACUUACAUGCUAGCCGUAAUUACUACACACGGUUAAUUAAUCAAAAACGUUCAAAGACGUAAUUUAGGCUACCAAGGGAAAUGCAUAUCAUCUUAGCUGGGGAGGAAUUGUUGCUAAUGCGGCUAGCUAGCUAAAUUAAUGCUUGUCUUCUCUACUGGGCUGUGACUGUUUGGAGGAUACAGGGAUAAAGAUGCCUCAAUCAGCCGCCACCAUCAGUGGGAUCCAGAAGAUGGUUCUGUAUGAAACCAGAGCCAGAUAUUUUUUGGUGGGGACCAAUCAGGCACAGACCAAACACAGAGUCCUGAAGAUUGACCGCACAGAGCCUAAGGACCUGGUCAUUAUUGAUGAUAAGCAUGUGUACAGCCAGCAAGAGGUCCGGGAGUUGCUGGGCCGCCUGGACCUGGGAAACCGCACCAAGAUAGGCCAGAAGGGUUCCUCUGGUCUUUCCAGGGCUGUCUCAGCCUUUGGCAUUGUGGGGUUUGUACGUUUCCUCGAGGGGUACUACAUUGUGUUGAUCACCAAGCGUAGGAAGAUGGCUGACAUCGGUGGCCACUCCAUUUACAAAAUUGAAGACACCAGCAUGAUCUACAUCCCCAAUGACUCGGUCAGGGUUACACACCCUGAUGAAGCAAGAUAUGUGCGGAUCUUUCAGAACGUGGACUUAUCCAGCAACUUUUACUUCAGCUACAGCUAUGACCUGAGCCAUUCGCUGCAGUACAACCUGACUUUGCUGCAGAGGCCUUAUGAACUGUGGACGUCACCAACUUCCGCCACUGAGGAAGAGGUACACAAACAAAGCAAGCAGGACUGCUUUGACAUCUUUGAAGAUGAGGGUCUGCCUACGCAAGUGGUUUACGGCCUCCAGAAUGAGCCCUACUACAAAUACGUGUGGAACGGGAAGCUGCUGGAACGAGUCAAGGACAUUGUGCAUCAUGACUGGCUCAUGUAUAUAAUCCACGGCUUUUGUGGCCAGUCCAAGCUUCUGAUCUACGGCCGACCGGUUCACAUCACCCUUUUUGCAAGGCGCUCUAGCAAAUUUGCCGGGACCCGCUUCCUCAAAAGAGGAGCCAACUGCGAGGGGGAUGUGGCUAAUGAGGUUGAGACAGAGCAGAUCGUCCAUGACGCCUCAGUGAUGUCUUUCACAGCAGGAAGUUACUCCUCAUACGUCCAGGUGCGAGGUUCAGUCCCGCUCUACUGGUCCCAGGACAUUUCCACCAUGAUGCCAAAACCCCCAAUACGAUUGGACCAAGCUGACCCAUAUGCCCAUGUAGCUGCGCUCCAUUUUGACCAGAUGCUGCAGAGGUUUGGCUCUCCUAUCAUCAUCCUCAACCUGGUCAAGAAACGAGAGAAAAGGAAACAUGAGAAGAUUCUGAGUGAAGAGCUCUACCCAGCUGUGAUCAACCUAAAUCAGUUCCUCCCUCCAGAGAACAGCAUCGACUACAUUGCCUGGGACAUGGCCCGCUAUACCAAGAGUAAAUUGUGCAAUGUUCUGGACCGUCUGAGUAUGAUAGCAGAGAAUGUGGUUAAGCGCACAGGUUUCUUCAUUAAUCGCUCCGACUUCUACUGUCAUACCAUCAGACCAGACGACAGGUGGGGAGAUUUAGGUGGACACCUCACAGCCAGUGGACGGGUGCAGACUGGUGUGUUGAGGACGAACUGCGUGGACUGUCUGGAUCGAACAAACACUGCCCAGUUCAUGGUGGGGAAGUGUGCGCUGGCCUAUCAGCUUUAUGCACUGGGAAUGAUUGACAAGCCCAAACUCCAGUUUGAUACUGAUUGUGUGAGGUUGUUUGAGGAGCUGUAUGAGGACCACGGAGACACUUUGUCGCUGCAGUACGGCGGCUCCCAGCUGGUCCACAGGGUCAAGACUUACCGCAAGAUCGCUCCCUGGACACAACACUCUAAGGACAUCAUGCAGACACUGUCGCGCUACUACAGCAACGCUUUCUCAGAUGCUGACAGACAGGAUGCCAUCAACUUGUUUCUCCAAGUCUACCAGCCAUCAGAGUCCAAGCCACAUCUGUGGGAGCUGCCCACUGACUUCUACCUGCAUCAGAAGAACACUAUGGCCCUCCCCCAAGACAGACGCAGUUACACACUGUGGUGGACAGCUGGAAUAUUGUCCUACCUUCCUGUGGCCUAUGAUGAAGUCCCCUGUGAGGACAACAUGAAGAAGAUCAAAGUGAGGAGAGUGAACCGCUUUGAGGAGAGUAUUGACACCUACACAGAAUUCUUUAAACCUUAUGAGCUUACCUCCUUUGAUGACACAUUCUGCAUCGCCAUGACCAACUCUGCACGGGAAUUUAUGCCAAAAACGGUAGGAGUGGAUCCAAGCCCAUUCACAGUUCGCAAGCCAGAGGAAACAGGAAAAUCUGUGCUGGGCAACAAGAGCAGUAAGGAGGAGACGCUGCUCCAGAGGAAGACUGCAGCCAGCGCCCCUCCCCCGAGUGAAGAGGCUAUCAGCAGCACAUCAGAGGACGACUCGGAAGAGGACCGCGACGACGACGGAUCCGUGUCCCAACGCUCGACCCCGAUAAAACUACUAACAGAAUCUGGCGAGAGCACUCGGACCCAGGAAGAGAUCCAGCAGCAGUCAGUUAAGGAGCCCUAUGGACUCAAUCUGGCUAAGUUUCCUGCUGAGAAAGACCUGCUCAUUUAUGAAAGGUUUGCACAUCUGGGCGAGAGCCAGCACAGGGUGGAAAGAACCGAACACAUAAACGUGGCAAACAUCAUCUGCUUAGAGCCGGUGUCCUGCUUCCCGGAGGACAGCAUCUACGGCGUUUCUCCACCGCAGGUUGACAGAGACAGCCGUGGUGAGUUUGAGAGCCAUGUGUUGACGGGUCAGGGGCAGGUGAGGGUGCUGUGCAGGGAGGACAUGUUGAUGUACAGGGAGUACGUCAAGAACAGAUACAUGUAGGACGCACACAACAUGGACUGGAUCUCUGUUACCGAUAUGCAAAAAACAGAUUGACGUCACUUCGUUUGUUGCUGCAGGACAGAGCAAGAUGUUUUCAUGCAUUUGUAAAUCCAUUUUGCUUCAAGCUCUUGGACUUUUUUCUGCUCAGAGAAGACUGUGUGUAACGGUCGUACUGGCACGAGUACCACCUAUGUUUCCUGUAUUUGGACCAGGUUGAUUUAUUUUUCUUUUCAAUCAAAGUCAUUUGUCUGUUUCAAUAGCUUCAAAUAUUAUCCAGUUAUGUAAGUGUUUUCGUUUAUUCACACAUACCUCAACAGGCUACCUAUAUGGUUCUUUUUUUAAUUGAUUUCAAUUCAAUUUUAAUUGCAACCCUUUUAAUUUAGUCUUUUUAAAUAAAUGUAUUUUUCAAACAUGUCAAUAGUUUGGACCCUUAUUUAUUUUGAAUCUUAAAUGUUCGCUAUAUGGGAUUCAGAGCAUUCAUUUAGCAGGAAACAGCUAUUUGCUAGGAACAGUUAUAAUGGAGUAAUGUCUACCAGAGAGCACUCUCCCUCUGUGUGUGUUGUGAUCCAGCUGCUCGGCACUGCGCUCAUACUUAGAUCCAGUUGACAACACCCUUGUCACAGAAACCCCCUCAGGUUAGCAAUAUAAGCUCUGUUCGCACUGUUGCCAUUGCUUGCUUUGCUCCUGAUGUUAGCACCGUUAGCUGAUAGCCGCGGGCUCAGCCGUCGCCAUGUUGAGAGCUAUGUGGGGACAAUAGAUGAUCUGAAUCCCAUAUUGAGCACCUUUUAUAUGUGGGAAUUAAUAAUAUGAUGGCAGGCCCAAAGAUUAUGAUGAUUUACAGUAUACUCCACCUCAGAAGUGUUUUGAGUUCAGCUUCUUUUUUUCUUUCUUUUUUAUUCACUCUGUGAAACCAUUGUGCCAUGACGGGGAUUUCAGUUCUUUGUUUGUUUGUUUAUUUAAAUUGCUCUCAAAAACUACUUUGGAACAACAGUGUUCGGCCUUUUUGCACGGGACUAGUAUUACCAGGGCUCCUCAUAUAAGUGAUGACAGACAAUUGACAGGCAGUUAUUACAGAUCACUAAAGGUCCCCAGGUAAUAUGAAUGAUAAAUGAUGGAACUCAUUAAUGCACUGUAAAUGUAUAUCCAGAUAAUCUGCCUUUUUUUUUGGGCCACCAGACAAAACAAAUCACUGAUACUUUGAUUUUGUGGGUUUUCAUCAAAGUGUUUAGUCUAAAUGCCUUUCUUAUGUGUCAGCUGA